UAGGCAAAGGUUAAAGGCCAUCUGAUUGGAGAAGGCAGCUGCUCCCAGUGCUGACGCUUGUGCAAGUGCUCCGAUGUCCGUGAGCGCCGCCCCGCCCCGCCCCUAGACCCUCUGCAUGCCCUCUCGCCUCCCUCAGGUGGUAUAUAUAGCCUGAGAGGGGUCCUGGACAGUCCUGGCAGUCAAAAUGAGGCUUUUCCUCCCCGUCUGCUGCCUGCUGCCACUUCUGGCGCUCGCCACUGCAGAUGCAGUGGAGUCUGAGAGUGAGCCGCUUGUGCCAUUCCAGCUGAAGUCUGAAGGCGAGCUGUUCAACUGCUGUGAUGGCACAGAGGAUCUAAGCCAAAGCUCCUCCAAUGACACUCCUGCACCAAACAGACCUGUGUGCCAACCCUGUGGCACUGGUGCACACAUUGACACCACGGAAGAAGAUGUCAGCUCUGAGGAUCAAGAGGAAGAGGUUGCUUCAGAAGAGAAAUCUGAAGAGUUGAAUCAAGAGGAGACCUCUUCCGAAGAGAUAUUUGAAGAGGAGGCAGCUGAAGAAGAGGCAGAAGUUGAGUUAGAUGAAUCUAAUGAAGCGGUGGAGGAGGAAGUUCUUGAGGAGGCACGUGAAGAUGUGAAGGUGGAGGAGAUCUCAGAGGUAGACAGUGAUGUAGAGUCACAAUUAGUUGAUGAGGAAUCUGUGGAAGAAGACGACGAGGAAGAUUCUCAGACCCAUGAGGAGAUAGUUGAGGAAGAGGAGGUUCUUCAGACUGAAGAUGAAGCAGGUGAAGAAGAGGAACUUUCUCAGACUGAGGAGGAGGUAGUUGAGGAAGAAGAGGUUCUUCAGACUGAAGAUGAAGCAGGUGAAGAAGAGGAACUUUCUCAGACUGAGGAGGAGGUAGUUGAGGAAGAAGAAGUUCUUCAGACUGAAGAUGAAGCAGGUGAAGAAGAGGAACUUUCUCAGACUGAGGAGGAGGUAGUUGAGGAAGAAGAGGUUCUUCAGACUGAAGAUGAAGCAGGUGAAGAAGAGGAACUUGCUCAGACUGAGGAGGAGGUAGUUGAGGAAGAGGAGGUUCUUCAGACUGAAGAUGAAGCAGGUGAAGAAGAGGAACUUGCUCAGACUGAGGGGGAGGUAGUUGAGGAAGAGGAGGUUCUUCAGACUGAAGAUGAAGCAGGUGAAGAAGAGGAACUUGCUCAGACUGAGGAGGAGGUAAUUGAGGAAGAGGAAGUUCUUCAGACUGAUGAGCCAGUGGAAGAGAGAUCAGAAGAAGUAACAGAGGAAGAGGCUGAAGAAGAGGAAGUUGUAACAGAGGAAGAAGGAGCUCCUGAGGUUGUGGAAGAAGAACAAUCUGUUGAAGAACCAGAAGCCUUUGAAGAAAUGGUGGAAGCGGUAGCAGCUGAGGAACUAGUUGCAGAUGUUGUUGAAGUAGCACAAGAGGAAAGUGUAGAGCUUGUGGAACCAACUCUUGAACAGGUUCAAGAAGACGUUUCUGCACCUGCUGAACAAACAACAGUGCAAGAAGUGUCAGAUGAUGUACCAGCAACCAAAGCCUCUGCGAAAGUGGAGAAAACAACCCCCUCAGGUCCUACCAAAAGAGAUCAGUCUCACAUCGAAGAGACGCUGCGUCUGGCAACAGCUGAACCUUCACGGGAAUUCGUCGAUGCUCUGAGGAAGCUGCAGCAUGUCUACAACACUGCAAUUAAACCCAUGGACAAGGCCUACAAAUACAAUGAGCUCCGGCAGCAUGAAGUGUCAGAUGCAGAGAUCACCUCUAAGCCCAUGGUCUUGUUCCUGGGUCCUUGGAGCGUUGGCAAGUCUUCCAUGAUCAAUUAUCUUCUAGGUCUCGAUGACACUUCACAACAGCUUUACACUGGGGCUGAGCCCACAACGUCGGAGUACACUGUACUGAUGCACGGUGAGAAGUUUCGCACCAUUGAGGGCAUUGUCAUGGCGGCAGACAGUUCCCGCUCUUUCUCACCGCUAGAGAGGUUCGGUCAGGGGUUUCUGGAAAAGCUGGUGGGAAUCGAGAUGCCGCACAAACUCCUGGAGCGUGUCACCUUUGUGGACACACCUGGAAUCAUCGAGAACCGCAAACAACAAGAGAGAGGGUACCCCUACAGUGAAGUGUGCCAGUGGUUUAUCGAUCGUGCUGAUCUCAUCUUCCUGGUGUUUGACCCGACCAAACUGGACGUCGGUUUAGAACUAGAAAUGCUGUUUAGACAGAUGAAGGGACGCGAGUCACAGAUCCGAAUCAUCCUCAACAAGGCUGACAGUUUAACCACCCAGGACCUAAUGCGCGUGUACGGUGCCCUCUUCUGGAGCAUGGCACCCCUGAUUAACGUGACAGAGCCACCACGUGUCUACGUGAGCUCAUUUUGGCCGCAGGAUUACGCUCCUGACACCAACAGAGAUUUGUUUAAGCGUGAGGAGAUCUCUCUGCUGGAGGACCUAAAUCAGGUCAUCGAAAACCGGCUGGAAAACAAAAUCGCCUUCAUCCGGCAGCACGGCAUCCGUGUGCGCAUCCACGCCCUCCUGGUCGACCGCUACCUGCAGACCUACUAUGAGAAGCUGGGCUGGUUUAGUGACCCUCAUGAGGUCUUCAACGAUAUUGUGAGCGACCCUGACAAAUUCUACAUCUUCAAGUCCAUUCUGGCCAAGACCAAUGUGAGUAAGUUCGACUUGCCAGAACCGGAGGCCUAUCGGGACUUCUUCGGAGUCAAUCCUCCCAGCGGCUUUAAGCUCCUCUCCUCAUACUGCAGCUGGUCAGACGGAUGCCUGCUGGAGAAGAUCGAGAAGGCCAUCACAGAUGAGCUGCCGGCUUUGCUCAGCAGUCUGGCAGAGAAACGGGAAGCCAAGGUAGAAGCGGCUGCAGAAACCAAGGAGAGACCCCCAAACCGUUGGAGGAGACAGUAACAGAUGAAUGGUGGGAGGGGGGUGCGGGAAAUAUGGAAGAGUGGCACCAAAGCAAUGAAUGAGAGUACAAGUGAAACUCAGAUGAGAUUCACUUCAAUGGAAAGCCAGUUUAACUCAGUAUGUACAGAGACUCUUACCACUCUGUAUGAAACAGACCUAAACGAUGCGAUUCGGUGUCUUCGGUUUCUUCCUUGUUCUAAUUUAACUCCGCUAGCAAAUUUUACUUAUUUAUACUAUGUUCAACAUAAAUAACCUGUCAUAAUCUUAUUUAAUUUAUUGUUUGAAUGCCGUUUUAAAUGUGUGAAUUAUGGAAGCUUGUUUCCACCACAGGAUUAAAAAAAAAAAAAAAAUGGUAAUUGCGACUUUUUCUCUUGCAAUUCUAAAAAAAAAGUCAGAAUUUAUAUAUUAUGUCAGUUUUCUCUGAAUUUUAAGUACAUAGCUCAGAAUUGCGAGAUCAACCUUUUUUAUUUUCUUUUAUUUUUUCUUUUCCCCUUGUUGGAAAAACGCUUCCAUCUUGAAUUUGCCAUAUGUGGUAAAAAAAAAGAAGAAAAAAAAGAAAAACCUUUAUCUUCAUUAAUUCAGUUCCACUUGUACAUAUUUAUCAUAUUACUUUGUACAAUUUACUGGUGUGUGAGUUGUUGGUAAAUGAAAUGAGAUUUUUUGUUGUUGUUGUUGUUGUUGCAUUUGCUCACAUUACUGCAUGUUUCAACUGUAGUGACAUUAAAUUGCUUUUCUGGCUGAUGAGUUAUACAA